AUGUCAAAAUACAAGACCGUUGGUGGCUCCAAGACGCUCUUCCGGGGUGGAUGCAAAGAUGCAAAGAGCGGCAACGCCGUGGUGCAGAUCGGAAUCAAUGUUCUAAGUACAUUGAUUCUGGGAGCAAGCAAUUACUGUAUGCACUGCCUUGCCGCUCCGAAUAGGGAAGAAGUCGACCGUGCCCAUGCGAGGAAGAAGUUUCUGCAUAUUGGGAUACCGGCGUUGAGGAACUUGAAGUGGAUUAGUCGGUAUCGGGCUAUCGUUUGGGUUAUUCUAGGUAUUACUGCGCUACCAAUACAUUUCUUAUACAAUUCCGUCCUCAUCUUGACGACGCAAGCGAAUAAGUACCAGGUCAUGGCAGGGCCUGAAAACCUUCUAGAACCCGAAUUCAACGCCACUAAUUUCUAUGGAACGGGAAAUCACACCCAUCUUAGGGAGAAAGCCUACGAAGUUAGACAUCGCAUCAGCUCUGGCGAGUUUCAGCAAAUGGAAGCCAAAGACUGCAUCGACAAUUAUGUCCAACAGUAUGUCUCCAAAUGGGGAGACUUGAUGGUGAUUCAGGAUGGAGACCUCGCCGGUGAGGACGGCCUCGGUCAAAUUUGGGAUGGGAAAAAGAUACCUUACGAUCACAAUGCUCUCGUGGUAGUUGAGUCCGACGAACAAGACUUUCCUGACAACGGUACCUAUCUGCUCCCUCACGGGUCGACGCUCUACGUUGACUACGACUACCAAGCAGACUACCAAGCAAGUAACAUUGUUGAAGAUGAUCAAUGGACCGCCCUGGCUCAUGGCGGUCUUGAUUUCUUGGAGUACAAUUACCCUGGGAGGACGAACGUCACUCUGUUGAGAAAUUUCCCCUUGACAGCGGAUCCACGCAUGUUUCCUACGGCCUACUGGCAAUGCCUAGGUCUGAUUGACUACGAGUCAUCCGCUUCAAGUGACUGUAAUCGCACCACAUUAGCGACCAUCUUGAACGGCGUUGAUAAAUGGAAACCAUUCGGACAUGAAGUGAAACACUGCUGGAGCGAGAUAGUCGAGGAGGAAUGCUCGCUAACCUUGAACGUGGGUAUAUGCAUGGCAGUCAUCGCAUGCAACUUCGUGGAAGCAUGUUGCAUGUGCUUGACACUGCUUUGGAUCAGAAGACCAGGUUUAAUGACGAUAGGAGACGCCAUCGAAUUGUUCCUCGGGCUCACAAUGUCCGCCGUAUCCCUGGGCGUCAUACAAGAGAAGGACGGGCAAUUCCAGAUCGGCAUCGGCACUCAAGCCGGGAAGAACAACAUCGCGAACAAGCAGACACUGGUCAGCGCCGUACUUCUCGCCAAUUUCCCUCAGAUAUUCUCCUCCUACAUUUUCAUCGGCUUCAACUACAUCCUCACCAGCAUGUUUGCCGGGAGGGAAUGGAUCAGCUAUUCUCAGCGCAGAAAGCCCCUCCGCGUCACAAACCCCAAGGGGCAACAAUCUAGCACCUACUACCUCCAACUCCCAUACCGCUUCUCUAUCCCUCUACUGGCGAUCUCAGGUUUGAUCAGCUGGCUCACGUCCCAGGUAUUGUUCGUUGUGCGAGUACAGAUCCGAGACAGCUCCGGCGUGAACCAGCCGGAUGACUUCAUCCUGGCGUGUGGCUAUUCUCCAGGCGCGAUCGUUAUAACGAUUCUCGUUGGUACUGUACUUGGUCUUGCCGUCUUGGUCAUCGGCUUGAAAAAGUUGCCGGAUACGAUGCCUCUUGCAGGGACGAAUAGCGCGGCCAUUGCAGCCGCCUGUCACGCCUUGCAUGGAGAUGAAGACAGUGCGCUUAAGCCUGUCAAGUGGGGUGUUGUGAGCGAUGAUGGAGAUUUUGGGCACUGCUCGUUCAGUGCUGGACCUGUCGAGCCUCUAGUCGCUGGACGACUGUAUCGUUGA